UGCCAUAAGCUGACUAAGAGAAUUCCCGAUAAUUCAGCCUAUUUCCUCCGACGCCGUCUCUAUUCUCAGCUCCGCCACCCAGCUCCGCCGCCAGCUCCCACCGACGCGCCUCGGUAGUCCGCCGUCGUCUCCCUCCAUCUUCUUCUCAUCCACAACCUUGAUUCGCGACACAUCCGCUCCAAAAUCUUGAACAAGUGUGAUGAAUUUCAAUUAAAUUAACGGAAGGGAGGGAUCGUGCCGCAAUUGCUGAUUCAUCUUCCUACUCGCCGUCUGCAAUGGUUCUAAAAUUCUAAACCUUGCGAUCAAUUGCUACCUUGUCACCUCUUCCACCAACCAUGAUGUCGCAAGCCCCAACACCUGUGAACCCUAGAAGAAACCCGGAUCCAUCUCCAACCACCAAUACCCGGUUGGAAUCAGAUGCUCAUGUUAACCAUGUUACGGCUUCAGUGCUUGCCAAGCCUACUGUUGUGUCUGAUAACUCAGAUCUUGCCAAUACUGCUGUUGUGUCAAUCACAGAGUCUACGGCUGGAACUCUCAAGAGGCCCCGUGAGGAGGACUCUGUGGAGGAUGGGGCCUUGGCUGAUUUGCCAGAAGCAAAGCGGCGUGUAAAGGCCGCUCAUGAUGUCAUAUACCGAAUUAUUGUACCCUCUCGGCAGAUUGGGAAAGUCAUUGGAAGAGCAGGGCACCGUAUUCAGAAGAUUAGAGAAGAUACUCAGGCUACGAUUAAGAUUGCUGAUGCUAUUUCGAAACAUGAAGAGAGGGUGAUCAUUAUCAGUUCAAAGGACAGCGACAAUGUUUUUUCUGAUGCAGAAAAUGCUCUUCAUCAGAUUGUUACUCUGAUCCUCAAGGACGAUGAUGGGAAUGCGGAGGCAGCGAAAAUUGGCCCAGGACAUGUCCCAGCUAAUGCAGUAAGGCUUUUGAUUGCUGGUUCUCAAGCAGGUGGUUUGAUUGGAGUUUCGGGCCAAAAUAUUGUGAACUUGAGGAAUGCCUCGGGAGCAAGUAUUACUGUUCUUUCUCCUAAUCAGUUGCCUCCAUGCGCAUCUGCUCAUGAAUCUGACCGAGUUGUACAGGUAUCCGGAGAUAUUCCUGCUGUUUUGAGAGCUGUAGUGGAAAUUGGCUGCCAACUCAGGGAUAACCCACCUAAACAAGUAAUAUCUAUCAGCCCAACAAAUAAUGUUGGUGUUCAUCGGCAACCUCAACAAUAUGUGGAUCCUACAUCAGGUGAUUAUGUUACAUUGGAGCUUUUGGUUCCUGAAAAUCUGGUGGGUGGGUUGAUCGGAAGGUUCGGAGCCAAUAUUUCAAGGAUUAGAAACGAGUCUGGAGCAAAUAUCAAGGUUUAUGGUGGGAGAGGUGAACAAACACAAAGACAGAUUCAUCUAGGUGGUAGCGCUCAACAGGUUGCCCUUGCCAAGCAGCGGGUUGAUGAAUAUGUCUAUGCUGAGUUGAUGCGACAAGCAGGGGGUCAAAUGCAGCUCACUGCCGCUGGUCAAUUGCAACAAUAUCCUACUCAACAGCCAAUGCCUGACAUGUCAAAUUCUCUCUACCAAGGUUAUGGUCAUGCCCCUGGCCUAUACACGACCAGUAAUCAUGAGGUUGGAAUGAUGUCGGCGCUCCCACCGAUAUAUGCAUCAAGUGCAACAACUCAAGCUCCUCAGUAUUAUGCUAAUCAGUCCUAUCCUGCUCCACCAUUAUAGGAGCGAAUAGAAGCAACGGUUCUAUCCUGCUCCACCAUCACUGUUGGCAUCAAGCACAAUGACUCGGAACUCCUCACUACUAUACUCAUGAACUUCUGUUACUGCCCUCUGCAUGCUUGUUGGCUAGUAAAUCUUGCUUUUCCCUUAUGAUGCAACUCGAUCAAACCCCAGAAAGUUAAUCCUCUAAUAUUUAUGGAAAUUUUACCGACAGUUUUAUAGGGUAGAUAAACUCAUCUAUCAUAGACUAGAGUUAUAUGACCAUAGAUAAUCUAAAAUGUGGGUUUUUAUCU